AUGGAGGAAGUAUCGGUUUCGGAUUAUAAAAGUACGAUUUCUGCUCGACCAGCUUUCAGUCGAACUAUUGGGCCUAUGUCCAGUCCAAAUUACAGUAUGACGACAUCAUCCGGAAGUAGAAUUCUGAAAACCGUAACAGAAAUUGGUUCAUCCUCACUACAUAGCAGUGGUAUGUCACCGUUCGGACAAAAUGCUGCGUCAGCGAUUCGUGACACACGUGAGCGGGAAAAGAAGGAAAUGAGCGAUUUGAACGAUCGUCUUGCUUCCUACAUCGAAAAGGUGCGUUUUCUUGAAGCGCAAAAUCGUAAAUUGGCUGCCGAUCUGAAUUUAUUACGUAGCCGUUGGGGCAAAGAUUCUGUAAGUGUUCGCACAAUGUUUGAAAGCGAACUACAGGAAGCACGAAAAGUAAUAAACGAUACGAACAACGAACGCGAAGAUUUAGAAAAACGAAUUCGGAAAUUAAUGGAUGAUUUAAUGGAAUAUAGAAAACGAUAUGAAAGUGCACUUAAAGCACAUCAAACUGAUCGGGAAAGUAUUGAUGAGUUAUUGGUAACAUUAUCAAAUUUGGAAGCCGAAAUUAACCUUUUACGACGUCGGGUCAGUAAUUUGGAAGAGGAAGUAAGCCGUAUUAAAAGAGACAACUUGUAUUUUGUCAAUGAACUCAAUAAGGCAAGAUCGGAUUUGGAUCAAGAAACUCUUAAUCGGAUUGAUUUUCAAAAUCAGUUGCAAACGCUAUUAGAAGAAAUUGAUUUCAUGCGACGUGUGCAUGAUCAGGAAAUUAAUGAAUUACAAGCUAUAGCUGCACGUGAUACAACACCGGAAAAUCGUGAAUAUUUCAAAAGUGAACUUUCAUCAGCAAUUCGCGAUAUUCGUGCUGAAUAUGAUCAAAUAUGCAAUAUGAAUCGAACAGAUAUGGAAUCGUGGUAUAAAUUAAAAGUUCAAGAAAUUCAAACCCAAUCAACGAGACAGAAUUUGGAACAAGGUUAUGCUAAGGAGGAGGUAAAGCGACUUCGUGUACAACUUUCCGACCUUCGCGGAAAAUUAGCCGAUCUUGAAGGACGUAAUUCACUGCUAGAGAAGCAAAUGCAAGAAUUGAAUUAUCAACUAGAAGAUGAUCAACGAUCCUAUGAAGCUGCCUUGAAUGAUCGUGAUGCUCAAAUCCGGAAAAUGCGCGAAGAAUGUCAAGCGCUAAUGAUGGAAUUGCAAAUGCUUUUAGAUACCAAACAAACAUUGGAUGCUGAAAUAGCAAUUUAUCGAAAAAUGCUUGAAGGUGAGGAGAAUCGUGCCGGAUUACGUCAACUUGUUGAACAAGUUGUUAAAACUCAUGGCCUUACCGAAGUUGGCGAAACCGAGAGUAUUCGUGUACUGAAAGGUGAAACAGCUAGUCGUACGUCAUUUCAACGUUCUGCUAAAGGCAACGUUUCCAUACAGGAUGCUUCAUCAGACGGUAAAUAUAUCUUACUGGAGAAUACGCAUCGUUCUAAGGAAGAAGCAAUUGGUGAUUGGAAAUUGAAGAGGAAGAUUGAUGGAAAACGGGAAAUCGUAUAUACCUUUCCAAAGGAUUUUGUUUUGAAACCUGGAAAAUCGGUCAAGAUUUGGGCUCGUGGCCAAGGAGUGCAUAGUCCGCCGGAUCAAUUGGUCUUUGAUGCAGAAGACUCUUUUGGAAUUGGUUCUAAUGUGCAAACUGUUCUCUUCAAUAAAGAAGGAGAGGAACGUGCGACGCAUAUUCAACGCUCAAGUCAUACUGUCAGUUAA